AUGACCUGCUUGAGUCUGUUUGGGGCCGUCGACUCCGGACAUGGCUUGGAUCAGAAUGAUGACGCACAUGGCCAUCAUCCACACAUCCCCAACCACAACCUUUUCGCCCAGCAUGGCAAUGCCCUGUUGAGUUCCAGCCUCCAUCUCGUCCCUCACGCACAUCAAACCCCCUUUUCCUUUGAGGAUCCCACCGCAUCAGCGGUUUCUCAGGAGCGGUCCACCGCAAACCACGUCAAUCACACCUUGUCCAGUACUUCUUCGUCAGCAUCGUCGACAGCGAAAUCUGCUUCAGGUUUGUAUAACCCACCAAGGCGUCAACCUCGCGGCUCUCCCGUUAGCAGUGCCAGCGGCAGCAGCUCAAAACGCAAACACUGCGCCUCUCCGCCAGCGGACCUGGAUCCAGAUAGCGAAGAGGCACAAGUGGUCAUAAAGCGUCAGCGCAAUACCAUGGCUGCGCGGAAAUACCGCCAGAAGAGGCUCGAUCGAAUUUCUGACCUGGAAAGCGCACUAGGACAGAUGAGCAGUGAGCGGGACGAGCUCAAGUUGCAGCUCGCCCGACGAGAAGCCGAGGUCGACGCUCUGCGGGAAAUGCUGUCCAGGAAGUGA